AUGCAAGAAAUAGAAGAAGUUUAUCAAUGGUUUGGAUUUAAUUGAGAGUUUGUAAUUUAAAGGAACGUAGGUUUUUAUUUACAUAUAUUUUAUAAUAACAUAAUAUUUGUUCUACCAAUUAGAUUAGGUAUUUACAAGUCUUUAAAAAUUCACCACUGUAAAUCUACGAAAUUCCCACGAGAAAUAACAAAUUAAUCAUUUCGAUAGUUCUAGCGUUAAUACUUAGAAACGCGAACUUGAACGUCACUUGAUUCGGCUAAAUCUAAAUAAAGCUUCACGUUCCCUUCAUUAAGAAUUCAAGGACAAAGUUUACAGAAAAAAAGGACCUUUUAAAUUUCCUGUAAAAAAUUACGAAUUUGACCACUGCGCUGGUAAUCUUCCAGUCGAUUCAGAACGUAAAACUAUAUUGACAAUUUGCUGUCACUUCUGAAUACGCAGUCUUUCGUCAAGCUCGUAAAUCUUCUCCUCGCCUCAACGAAUGAACGUUUAAACCAGAGAGCUUUGCUUAAGUCGCAGUCGCAAGGCUGCAAGUCCUCCGGAACGCGCCAAAACGUGGCGCGCCUAAAAGAGAGCCGGCGCUGAUCGAAGAGGGCUUGUCCCGGUACCCAGCAAUCUGUCAGCGUCUGCGGCCGCGCGUUAUAUCGUGGGUAGGUACACCUUGA